UGUGUGUGCGUGUGGUUUCUUUCUAUAGUUACUGACCAGACCUUAACUUGGCAUCUCCAGAUAAAAUGAGUCCACCAUUCAACAGCACAGGAGACGGUGAGGUUGGAGAAACAGAUGCUUGGGCUCUUCUUAACGACAGCAUGUACGUUUACCCACCUGGUUUCCACACUGACAUCACCAAGCACUUUUGGGUCCAGAUCACCUUGAUCACAGCUUACUCCUUCAUCAUCCUCCUCGGGUUUCCGGGAAAUGCUCUGGUUAUCUACAUGAUCACUCGCUACAGAAACAUGCGAACAGUUACCAACUUCUUCAUCGCUAACCUCGCCCUGGCGGACCUUCUGGUGGAUACAUUGUGCUUGCCCUUCACUCUGGUUUACACUCUGCUGGAUGAGUGGAAGCUUGGGGCCAUGCUUUGUCACAUGUUGCCGUUUGCCCAGGCUCUGAGCGUGCAUGUGUCCAUCUUCACCAUGACUGUUAUCGCACUGGAGCGCUACCGCUGCAUCGUCUUCCACCUCGGCCGCCGUAUCACGUGGCGCUCCAGCUUCAUCAUUAUGGCCAUCACCUGGACUGUGUCUGCUGUCCUGGCAGCACCCCUCGCCAUUUUCAGAGAGCACCGCUACGAGGAGAUCCCGUUCAUCGGCCUGCGCAUCGCCGUCUGCUCUGAGAAUUGGCCUCACGGUUCCAGCAUGGACGGAGUCAUCUUCAGCCUCUCCAUGUUGCUCUUACAGUACAUUAUCCCAUUAGCCAUCAUCAGUUACGCUUACAUUUCCAUCUGGGUCAAACUGAAGAAUCACGUCAGCCCAUCCAGCCGCAACGACAGCAUCAGCCGCCGCAAAAAUACCACCAAGAUGUUAGCAUUGGUCGUGGUGGUCUUUGCUAUCUGCUGGUUGCCAUUCCAUGUGUUCCAGCUGGCCAGCGAUCUGGAUCUGGCGCUCAGGUUGAAGGAAUACAAACUGAUAUACACAGUGUUCCAUAUUGUGGCCAUGUGCUCCACGUUUACCAACCCUCUGCUGUACGGGUGGAUGAAUAAAAACUAUAGAAACGGCUUCCUCAUGGUGUUCCGUUGCGAGGACAAGCCGGACUCCUUCCACCCAGAUGGCUCAUUCAGAACUCGCUCCCUAAGAAGGUUAACUUUGAAUGACCGCAGUAGUAGACACCCUCCAACUGCUGUGUGAGGAUACAUUUUUGGAGCCGGUUCUAGAUGAUCACAACACACAACUCCGGUUUGUGGUGUCUGUGGUUCAUGAGUAGCCUUUUGAUGUGAGUAAUGUUAAUGUUCAUGUUAGAGUUUGACCAAUAUAGGGUUUUGGGGGCCGAUACUGAUACCAGUACCGAUAUUAGGGAGUAG